CCUUCAGAGCUGGAAAAGCCCAACCAAACAUCUGACAGGGAGGGAAGAGGCGAAGCACCACCGACUUCCCAAGAUGCUGGCACUAAUAAACCGGCUUUUAGACUGGUUCAAGUCUUUAUUUUGGAAGGAAGAGAUGGAGCUGACCCUGGUCGGCCUCCAGUAUUCGGGAAAAACGACGUUCGUCAACGUAAUUGCCUCUGACGAAACCCUAAUUGGAGUGAUGGUUGAUGAGAUGAAGAGGCUGCUGAGGAAGCUGAUGUCCAAAUUUGUGCAAAUGGAUGUGAUCAGGAAAGCUGAGGAUAUCCUAGAUGUUGAUUACAGGAACAAGGAGAACUGGCAUGACACAGGCAACAUAGCAGUAUCACAUGAUGCCAGACAAUACAUGGAGCAAGUUGAAGACCAUCUCUGA